AUGAUGAGCAAGAACAACUUGGCUUUGGGACAAAAAUUCUCCGUGCUUAUUGUUGAUGAUGAUAAAAUCAUUCGAAGGAUUCAUAAGAUGCUUUUGACUAAAUUUGAAUUUGAAAGUCAUGCGGUUGAAAACGGAAAAGAAGCUGUUGAUCUUUAUAUAUCUGGAAAAAAUUUCGAUCUUAUUCUUAUGGAUAUGGAAAUGGCAGUCAUGGACGGACCUAAGGCUACACGAGAGCUUCGAUCCAUGGGUAUCAACAACGUGAUUGUAGGAGUGACUUCACGAGGGUCGACCUCCGAAAAACAAGCAUUCACAGAAGCUGGUCUUGAUUACUGUGUCGAGAAGCCACUUAGCUCUGAAACAAUCACCUCUUUGCUAAAAGAGCUUGCCAAGAAAUACUAA